AUGGCAACGCGACUUGACUACUCCUCCAUCGACAGUCCAUCAAAAUGGAGGAACUUACCCCCUCCCCCAGGCUUUGCACAACUUCCAUCAUCCUCAUCCAAAUCAACGGCAAAGUCGUCAUCUUCCUCAUCCAUGACUACCUCCGCAGAGCCAUCCUACACAGCACUCAAAGAGAAACGCGCUUGGGAUCUAGCGAUAUCACCCGCGAAACAACUCCCAAUGCAGGCGUUCAUGCUCUACAUGUCUGGCGGAGGAGUGCAGAUCUUCAGCAUGGGCAUCGUCUUCAUGCUCCUCUUCUCGCCGUUCAAGAACCUCGCGAACAUUAAUUCAGUCUUCGCCCAGUUCGCUCCAUCAACGUCAGACGCACGUGCACUCACGACGCUUCCUUUGCAAAAAUCGGUAUAUUUCCUCUGUAAUGCUCUCACUCUUGCUUUGGGCAUAUGGAAGUGCCGCUCUAUGGGGUUAUUACCUACCGGUACUGGUGAUUGGCUAGCAUUCGAGACGAGAGGCAUUUCACCAGAGAUCUCCUUACAAUAGAUGUUUAUAUCUUAUACCAUGCAAGAACUGUACUUAAUUCGAUCAUUCUUG